CCAGGAAGCACACGUGAUUCCCUUGCCGCAAAAUUGCAAAAAACAUUCAAAAUGGUUUGGAGAGCAAGAAUCGGAUAUUUCAUCCGGAAAUACGGAUUGGGAACAGCCGGUGCUAUAGCUGCAAUUGGUGUUCUUUUUCACGAGAAAUCUAAAGAUACAAACGUUGCUUAUUCAGCAAAACGUGAAUGGGGAUACUCGCAUCAACCAAGCGUGAAAUGGGACUAUAACUGGGACAGACGUGAGCCAGAAAACCUAGUUAAACCCUCCAAACAUGACAAAGACAAGGAUUCCGACACAACAACAAAUGAACUGAAAACAAAGACUUCUAAGGCUACCCGUCAUCUGUUGCUGAUUCGUCAUGGACAGUACAACAUGGAGUCCUCAGAUGACCUGGGCAGAUUCCUCACUAAACUGGGCCAAGAACAAGCAGACAUUACCGGGAGGAGACUUAAGGAUCUCAACCUACCCUACACCAUCCUGAUAUCAUCUACGAUGACUCGAGCGAAGGAGACAGCUGACAUCAUUCACAAGCAUGUGCCUCACUUGUCAAUAGUACGGAACGACUUGUUGCGAGAGGGUGCACCAAUACCCCCAGAGCCCCCGUCCGCUCACUGGAGGCCUGAAGAAGCGCAGUUUUACAAAGAAGGGGCGAGGGUGGAAGCAGCCUUUCGGAAAUAUUUCCACCGAGCUGACCCCGACCAGACAGAGGACAGCUACGAGAUCAUCGUCUGUCACGCUAAUGUCAUCCGCUACUUUGUCUGCAGAGCCCUGCAGUUCCCUCCUGAGGGUUGGCUACGAAUGUCUCUCGCUAAUGGCAGCAUCACAUACCUCGUCAUCCGUCCCAGUGGCCGAGUUCACAUUAAGAAUCUCGGGGAGAGUGGGCACAUGCCUGUAGAUAAAGUAACCUUCACAUAGACACGUCCAGCAGGGGUCAUCUGGUCAUCAUUAAUACACAGCCUUGUACAUACUACAUUCCUCCAUCACGCAUCCUUGCAUCGGACUGAAAUGACGUUUUUUUUGUCAGAUGUCAGUCAUGAGCUCUAUCUUGUGUAUGAUCUUCGUGGGAACACUCCAGCUCAGGAUGAGGCUACAAGAAGAGAAAAUACCAGCAGGUGUCAGAAGUUGGUAUUUGUGUGGUAUUAACUGAGCAUGUAUGAGCACUAUUAUUGUGUCAUCUUGAUGGAUGUCUGUCAUUUGUUAACAAACAACAAUUACUCUGCAGAUGGACAAAAUGUAUUUACAGAUGUUGGAGGAACGAAGUGUGUACAAUCCAGUGGAGCAAUGAUGUAUUUUUAAGAUACAUAUUUAACUGAUUCAGGUUUUCGUUCCAAUCUUGGUGCUUUGGAACUACCGAAACACAACUAUUACCUCGGUCUCUGUAAGCUUACGUUAUCAAUAUUUGUCCAAAAUUGCCUCUCUUCACCCAGCAGAAAAUGGGUACCCGGUGGGAUAGUAAUGUGACUAUAACCUGGUGCCUCUCAGGCAUCUUGGGUUAUCCGGGGUAAUAAUAAUCAGAUUGUUUGGGUGCUUCGUAAAUGCAUUGUGCAUAGAGCAAUGCACAUGAUAAAUGGAUAUUUUUCCUUAUCCUGACUCAUGUAUUAUUGCUUGUCUCCUUCCUUUCCCGAAUGUUAGUGGAACACCUGUAUCUCCUUUUUGAAGCUCCCUUCAAAAAAG